GCUUAAUUAAACGCAGGAUGUCAGCGCAGAGCCGUGCGUAAAAGAAGCUGCGUGCGGCACCGCGGAAAGGAGACGUUUUACAGACGAUUUCACCUCAUUUCUGGAGGAAGAAAUAAUUCCACUCUGCUGAUUGCGAGAGACGCAGCAGGGUGUUCCUGAUUUCCUGCACAGACGGUCGGUGGAUCAGAUCGGACGCGCUGUUAAGGAUACAUUCGUUAGUUUUUAUUGUUAUUAUUAUAUUAUUAUUAUUUUGAGGGAGCGAUCGAGCUGCCUCCAUCAGGUGCAGAGCCGAGAGAGAGAGAGCGCGCGAGAGAGAGAGCAUCAGAUCCAGCAGAGAUGGCGAAGGCAGACCAGCGUUUCGGCCAGCGCGACGGCUCCGACCAGAACUUUGACUACAUGUUCAAGCUGCUGAUCAUCGGCAAUAGCAGCGUUGGGAAAACCUCCUUCCUGUUCCGCUACGCCGACGACUCCUUCAGCAACUCCUUCGUCAGCACCGUGGGCAUCGACUUCAAGGUGAAGACGGUGUAUCGCAACGACAAGAGGAUCAAGCUGCAGAUCUGGGACACGGCAGGACAGGAGCGUUACCGCACAAUCACCACGGCCUACUACCGUGGUGCCAUGGGCUUCAUUCUCAUGUAUGACAUCACCAAUGAGGAGUCCUUCAACGCCGUCCAGGACUGGGCGACUCAGAUUAAGACAUACUCAUGGGACAACGCCCAGGUAAUCAUGGUGGGCAACAAGUGCGACAUGGACGAGGAGAGAAUCGUGCCGGUAGACAAAGGAAAGCACCUCGCCGAACAGUUAGGCUUCGAGUACUUCGAGGCGAGCGCCAAGGAGAACAUCAACGUCCGGCAGGUCUUCGAGCGCCUGGUGGACAUCAUCUGUGUCAAGAUGUCGGAGCGCGUGGACGUGGAGGUGCCGGCGGCCCCCGGCGCCAAGACCACCAGACUCACCGACAAGCCCGCCCAGCUACCUCAGAAGUGCUGCUGAUCGUCAGUCCGUCUUUCAGCUCAUCCUUGCGCUGUCAGCCCCCCCCCCUCCCUUUCUCCCCCAUUGCUCUCGAGAAAAAGAAAAAAAAGAAAAAAACAGAUUAACUAUUGCAACAUUCCUCAUCACACUCUCUCUGCUUUAGUCCAUGUUUGUGAGCAGUCAAUCAUCAUUACGCCUACUGCAUCCUAUUAGCCAGUUUCCCCAAACCGUCCCGUGCCCAAGCAUCCAAGGUUGGUCCUUACGUAGGUGGUGGAGUAAGGGUGGCAGUGACCUCUGAACAACAUUUUAUUUGGCCUGUUUGAAAAAAUUGCAGAGCCAGACUAGAAUAAAGGAGGUUAUGCGAUAACGGUGGAAACUCAAAGUCUGGUCACACCAGAAAGUGGCAAAGCAAAGUUCUUUCUGCGUCCUCGCCAAUUUGAGUGUUAGAGGUUUGGCGACAUCGUGAAUAUUUGCAAUGUCAUUGACCUAAACGUUCCUUCAACUCGUUGUCUACUCUUCGAAUCACAUUUGACGAUUAGGCCGUUUAGAUGCACAACCGUCAAGGGACACCAAAGUCGAUUUUGUCUAGAGGGCACUGCUGAGCGGAGAUGGCCGUUGGAUCACACAGGGAAGCACAGCACUGCCUCUCCACUCAAAGUGUAGCACAAUGAGAAACUCACACCAGAGCAGCUCACGUUCACAAAUGUUCAGGGCACAGUCGUUCAUCCGCCAAAAAACAUCUGACUAGGCUGCUUCACCGGUAGCUAGUAAUAGUGAGUUCCCUCUAAUACAAUAUGCCGAUAGUCUAACUAACUGCUACUGGCCUUACUUUGUGCUGUUUGUCGCUUGAAAGAUGCUUCAGGGCUGCACCACCAAUGCACAACUCCCAGGCAGGGCUGCAGCCACAAUCAUUAGAGGAGCGGGUCGAGUCCAAAAACAGGUCUGAAGUUAAAGUCUGAAUGCUGCUCUGUGGGUGUUUUUCACAGCAUAAAGUUAGAUAGCGAGUGCCUCCUGGGGUUCUAACAGGGUUCAUUUAGAUAAGUAGUGUUGUUAUUGGGUAGAGUUAUAAGACAAAUCAUUGUACAGUAUGUGGUGAAACAAACAUUUUUAGUUGGGUAUUGCAAACAUGGAAGGUUAGUGAAUGGGCCGGCCCAGGGCCCAGAAGGUCAGAGGGGUCACUGACUGUUAUAGGCAAGUUCAUAUCUUGAUCCUUGAUUCAGUUAAGGACCUCCCCCCCCCUCACCCAAAAAAAAAAAAAACUUGUUGGAAACUUAAUGCAACAUUUUCACAGGGACACUAAAUGACUGCAUAAUGAUGCAAAAAUGACAACAACAAAAAAGGCGAAACAACGACAGUGACUUAAAAAUAUCCACGACCCCCAUCUCCCCUCCAGGCUGCCAGAGACUCGUCCCCAGACUGCCACUAAGAGCUGCAGCCCUGUUUCAUGGUGGCUUACAGCUUUUGCACUGGCCGACACAAUCCAGCGUCACACUGAGGGUGUUUUAUACUCGCACACACAUGUGAGCAGAGCCGGUGAGGGAAGAGCACAUGGUUCUCUCCUUCCCCCUUAGCAGGUGUAAUCAAGUAGCUGUCCUGUUUGCAGUGUUUCCUACAUGAAUGUGUUUGGAUGUGUGUGCGUGUGUGUGUGUGCGCGUGCGUGCGUGAGUGUGUGAUUUUAGAGCCAACAUUGUGUUGUAUAUGGUUAUCAUAUUUAUUGCGUGUUGAGUUGUAAUGUUUCCUUGUGUUUGUGUACAGUAUCUUUGACGAGAGUGUGAUAUUUUGAUAAUGUCAUGUCAGCUGAGAUACAGUACAUGUGUGUGUGUGUGUUUACGAAAGACUUCAAGAAAAAAAAAGACAAGGAGAAAAAUAAUUGUUCAUUUAUUAUUAAAUAUUGAAGAUAGAAAAAAUACAAUAUCCUGCCAAAUUGUUAUAUGGCUACAACAGCGCACGUUUCUGUGUGUAAUUCCACGUGUGUCUUCAUAUUGGUAAAAAAGAAACAUACAAUAAUAUUGUCAUUGUCUUCAUAUGAUUAUUUUUUCAGUGAAUUUGUAAAUGAUAGAUUUAGAAAUUAUAAUGGUGUUGAGUAUGAAUUAAUUUUUUUAUGCUGUGUAUAAAUGGACAAAUUAUAUAAAGAGUGUAAAGUUGUUGUCUUACAGUUCACUCCUGUAUGGAGGAGAAGCACAAAGUGAUUGUACAAUAUAUUGUGAAUGUUUGUAUAUUAUAGAUGCAAUUUAGUAUAAUAAAAAUCACAAUCUUUAAA